GCCAGUGAUCAAAUACCAGUCGGUAUGAGCUCGGACGUGUUGACGCAGCAGACAUCGGCCACGCAGCGCAAGUGCUCAGCAUCUACUGCCACCGCCGCGUCCACCGUAGCGCAGGCGUGUCGCCAGGCCGUGGCAGAGCUCGAGAAUUGGUCGCUCUGGGCCUAUCGGGACGCGACGGGCGAGGAGUGGGAUGCGCAGCCAGCUUGCUUCAUCACUGACUACCUGCUGGCCGUGCAGUGCUUCGCCUUCGCCGUGUACAUUGGACUUUUCGCUGCCACAGAUAAGGGCGAUCUGGCCUGGUAUAUCAUGUACUUCAUGGCGCUAGGCAUCUCGGCGGCGCUUGGUGGCCUACUCCACCAUGUUGCGUUCGAGGCCAUGCGCGACAUCGCGCACAAGCAAGAGAAGCAUCUGGUGAUGACAGCGCGUGUCUUCGGUGUCAACCUGAGUCGUGCUAAUGUGGACAAGAUGAUCGAAGCUCUGUGGCGCGUUGUGCUGGCCUGUUCCACCCUCACCAACUUUGCGCUGCUGUCUCUGGCCGCGAGUCGACACCUGCCAGAGGCCUGGGCUUACUCUAUCAUUGUACUGGCUGCCGUGUUGUACGUGGUGUUGGCUGUCUGGGCCAGUGUCAGCAUGCACGCGGUGUUCCUCUUCGCCGGCUUCAUCCCCGUGAUGCUCUUUGGCCCCAUCGCUUGCUUCAUGACGUGGAACUGGGAGUGGAGCCACACGAGUAACGAACUGCUCGUGUACGGCGUUAAGCUUCUGGGUGGCCUUAUCCAGGGCCUCGUAUGGGCUCCCAGCAAGGACAAAUUCAACCACAACGCGCUCUCGCAUGUGUUCCUCAGCAUGGCGGCGACACUCAUGCUCAUUCACUUCAAGUUCUGACUGGAUGAGCAUAGCGACAAGUGCGCAACGUGCCAAAACUUGGUUUUAUAUAGGCACGUGCUCACAGUCAGCUCGUAAUUAUGAAAGUAGGGACAGAGGGGCAGAGUGGAGCAGAGGAAAUUCUUUUAAGUGGUCAAUUUGACGAGUUUUGGUGACGUAUU